UAUUAAUCCAUUUAACCCUAAUUUUAAUCGCUCAUAACCGUCGCCUUGCAUUCGUCUUCCUUUUAGCUCCUUCUUUCAGCGGGAUUGAAUUUCAGGCUUGAUAAUGGAGAUUGAGACUCACGACUCAGUAGUAGUACCUGGGAAGAAUCUAGUUAAAGUCUCAUUCAAACUUGGAACGGAGAGCUACACGGUUGAUGCAGUCCAAGGUGAUACUGUCGUAGACCAAUUGGUUUCGAUGAAAGAGGAAAGUAUGAAGAUACUCAAGGAGUUUAUUACAAAGCAUAAUGUUCCUGAUCAUGUCCCCGAUGAAAGUGUGUCUGAUGAAGGAGAUGAGGAUGAUGCUGUCAAAUGUCCUGUGAAGCCCAAGAAGACAAAGAUUUGAUAUGUGUCCUCCUUUUAAAAAACCUUGUUCCAUUAAGCAAACUUCUGUCUUUUUUUAAUCUAUGGAUGUUGUUGUUGCAUAUGUUAGCUGUUUGUGGAACAGUUCUGUUUAUCUGAGAGAAGAAUAUGAAAACUGUUAGGUUAAGAGA